CAAUAAUUAUUAUUAUUGUUGCCGAAAGGUUUUGUAAAUUUGCAUUUAUUUUGAAAUAAUCUAUUAAAAAUGUCACGCAAAGAGGCGCUGUCGCAGUUCAUCAACCAGAUACACGGUCGCCCCGUUGCCGUCAAGCUGAACAACGGCGUGGACUACCGAGGUGUACUGGCCUGUCUGGAUGGCUACAUGAACAUCUGCCUGGAGCAGACGGAGGAAUACGUCAAUGGUCAGUUGAAGAACAAGUACGGCGACGCCUUCAUCCGCGGCAACAACGUCCUCUACAUUUCCACGCAGAAGCGGAGGGUCUGAUAUCGUAGCGCCUAAGUAAAUUCCCCAAAUACAACAAGGUCCACAAAAAUAUAGCCAACUGACAUGGCCACCCGAAGUUCGUAGUCAGGGAGCUAUUUGAUUCCGCUGGUUCCUUCACAGAGAUUCUGCGACACCACACGUGUUUCAUACUUCAACAUUAAAGCUGAACCAAUUUCUCAUCGUCCUGUAUACAAACCAAA